CUUUGCUGUCAAGUAAACAACAUGGCGGCUAAAAUUCCAUAGUCUGCAAAUUUCCCAAGUGAAGAUAACUAUGUCAGAAUUUAUUAGCCAGCUGACAUCAGCUGUAAGCUCAGAUGAGGAAGUUUUGAUAUUACAACAACUGAUUUCAUCUUUAUCUGUGAAACAUAACGCUGGUGGAUCGGAUACAACUUUGACAGGGCUUGUUGAUAAAGGAGGCACCUUUGAUUUGUUUGGUGAAGGAAAUCCUUACCCGUUAGGUACCCUAGAAAAUAUCUGCCCAUCUCAAGACUGUUUAGAUAAGUUUACCUGCUACUUGUUUGAUAGAAGAUUUGGCUGGUCGGAGACUGAUACAGAAGAUGGCCGACGUGUACGACGUAUGUCAUGUAGUGGUGCUACCAAAUCAGCUGGUAACAGCAAACAAAAGGCAGCUCUCAAUACAAUGCUUGACUCGUUAAUAAAGUGGUUUAUGUAUCAAGAGCUAAACCAGCCGCUUUUGCUUGCCUUAAAAUACACAAUUAAACAGACGGCCAGUAUGCCUGUGGUACGUAACCGUGCAGUUAUACACACGUUGGAUUGGUGCAAGUCUAAUGCCGAGCAGUUAUGUGACACUUCUUUCUUCCAAGAUAUACACGAUCUUGUCAUACUGUCCAUUACCGAUGUGUGGUCCGCCAUUAGGAACGCAUGUGCUGGAAGGCUCGGACCUGUGGCUGCAAAUCUCAACUUGGAAAAUGUUCAAACAUUGUUUGAUAGUUUAGUCAAGAUUUGUGAAGAAGAUUCCUCAUGGCAAAUGAAAGAAGGGGCAAUAAUGGGAAUAAAUGCAAUAUUACAAAGAUUUCUUAAAUCAUCCAGCUCCAAGUCUCCCAUGUCAUCUCCACGUACACUAGACACUGAAUCUCAGGAAAGCCACUUACCUGAGUUUGUGAUGGCAAAGAUACAUUCGGUUGUGUUUGACCUCUUGUCACAUUCACAGUUGACUAUACGUGAACACGCAGCCAAGACUCUUGCCACAUAUAUCACAUGCUCUAGUGUCAUGGAUGCAUUGAAUACCUUAUACGAGGUGAUACAAAUCCUAAAGAAGAAGCAGGACUCUAAGGGAAAUACUCAGGUCAGUAAAGGUCAGUUUUUGGAUGAUUACGCCUCUGAGGGGUUUCUUGGUGUUUGUAUAUUUCUAGUCAAGGUGAUACCUCUGAGUUAUUUAUUGCCAGGUUGGCCAGAAUAUAUUUCAACAUUUCUUUUAUACCUAUCACACCCAGCAUCUACAGUGAGACAAGCUGCCAGCAGUGUAUUUAAAUAUCUAGUUGUAAAAAGCUGUCACAGUGUUGUGAUAUUGAAAUUGAUCCUGCAAGCUCUGGCCAUGGGUUGGAAUCCUGACACAGACUGUAUGACAAUGGAGGAAACAACAGAUGGGGGAUCUUUAGGGAGUGCCACACCCUCAGUUUGUGAUUUCAUAGGAACAAAUCUCAGUGAGACAUGGGAGGGUAGAGAAGGUAGGAUGUUCGCAUUUGAGCUGAUAUUCCGUUACUUGAUCAAGAAUCAUUGGUUGUAUACAUUUGGUCCGGCUGGGUCCGGUCUACAGAUGGAAGCCGGUGCAAGCAAAGAGCAGGACACUAAAUUAACACAAAGCAACAUUGAAUCUAAAGAUCAAAUGCAGCAGAACAGACUUCUACAUCAUGUAGAAUCAGAGAAAUCUCUGGCUCAUGUCAGACGUAGAAAUUGGCGACAGGUGAGAUUUUUGACACAAGCUGAUUUGAAGGAAGACCCAGAACGACUUGUCAAUAACAAGUUAGAAAGGUUAAUCACUGUUGAUCAUGAAGACAGUACUGACCUUAUAGCAAAUCAUCUCCCUCAUAGAACUGCAGGGAUUGGACCAAGUCACUCAGGGGCGGGGCUAAGUAACUCAGGGGCGGGACAAAACCACUUUGACAACGCCUGCUCUCUACUAACACAAGCUCAAUUGGUUGACAACGUAAGCAGAGAUGGUACAGACCCUGAUAAGAUUGAUGUUAAACAAGAACAACAACUUAAAAAACUUACCCAACUGAUGGAAAAUAAUAACAACAAUAAAAACAGCACUAUAUCAUGUAAAUGUGGCUGGAUGGAGAAGGAAUAUUUACAAGAUAUGUCAAGGAUACUUAAAGUGAUUCUAUAUCAGACAGCAGAAAGUCUUGGACAUUCACAAUGGGAGUUACGCAGAAUAGCUAACCAGGUGUUACCUUGUUUAGCUGAGGUAAUAAGAUGGUAUGACAUCAAUCUUCUAGUGACAGUAUGGAACAGUUAUCUGAACGUUGCCGUGCCAACUUGUCUCAUGACCUUCACCUCCGUCCUACUUCUUAAAGAAUCUGUGAUACAUGCAGUGAAACUGAUACCACUUCUACACAAACCUCCACACUCAUGGCAGGACCAUGAGAAGUGUAGGGAUUAUUUAUCUAAAAUAACAACUACUGUUAAGGGUAGACUUCCAGCCUACCUACCCCACCUGCAGUAUCUAAUACAGAGGUCCAGUUAUGAUAAACUCUCAAUUAUCUCUUCAGAUGUGAUAUUAAUGGCAUAUGCUCACUUUUCUGUUACACCAGAACAGAAAUCCAGCCACUAUAACACUGUAUUACAAUUUUGGAAGCAGGUUUUUUACUCUGCCCAUCCUCAGACUAGAAUCUCCACCGAACUUCUACACAGACCUCAAAAUGAUGGGUUUUCCUCGCCAUUUGAAGGAUAUUUAAGUUGUUGUUUGGUUAAACCAGAUAACAAAAUUCAAUGUGCCAAGCAGGUGGAGAAGUUGUUUAUAUCGGAGUUAUAUCAUCAGUUUGUUACGUUCCUGGAGGGUCUUCCAGCUGUCGAUGUCAUCUCAGUUUCCCCGAUUCUUGCCCACUACAUAGGACAGUUUGUGGAGGACUCUCAUAUUAGUAAAGCAAUGCUAGAAUGUUUACAGACAAGUGUCCCCACUAUUGUACUGACAAUAGAAGAAUGCAGUGAAGGAGAGAAGAAACUACAAUGUGUUAAAUGUGUACUGACUACACUGAGGGAACUUUCUGCUGUUAUUGCCAUGAAGAGUAUAGAUUUACCCCAGGUACAGAAGAUACUGGCUGUGUAUGAGGAGUUAUGUAAACCUGUCAGUAUAAAUCAACAUAUGUCUGUAGCAUUGUCAGCCAUAGCUGCUAGACUUAAUGAGACUGUAGAGUUUACAGUAGAUCAGCCAGUACAAGAUGAACUGUACCUACUGUCCAAUGAUAUACCAGUGACUUAUAGCGAUCAUAAUUCUGAUGAUGACUCUGACCCUGAGGAAGUUAUUGUAGGUUCCCCAGGUGCUAGAUUUCCAGAAAGUCUGAUGCUAAACACCAGUAACAACAGUGGCAGCCUGACAGGACGUCUGAGUGCUCUAAGUUGCCAUAGUGGGGGACUUGAAGGAAGUCAGGGGUCGGCUACCCCGAAGGAGGGGUCAGAUGAUGAAGGGGAAAGUUCUGAUUGGGACAGCUGGGAUGAUGAGGACGAGAGUUUAUCAGCAUUUGGAGAUGUGUUUUCACAAUUUUUACAAAAACUGCAAAAAAUGAACAAGACAGAUUUCACAUGCGAGGUGAAGAAGUUGGGAACCCGUGAAAGAAAUGUUAUCUCUGGGUUGAUCAAAACGUGAAAAAAAGCAUAUGACCUUGACUUUUGAGAAGUUUCUGUCAUAAUAUACAUUUGUUUUUGAAGUUUGAAGUCAUGUUGAAGUGGACACUUCCUGAUUUGAUCAAGAUAGUUAUGGUUUGUGGAAUACUUUCAUCAGAAGGACACAUAUGGUGGUUGAGUCUGCUGGAUGGGGGGCAACUGAAUCUACCCUUUUGACCAGUGCAGACCAAGACCAGUGGGCACAUCCUUGCCAUCUGAUCAUGAUCUGCACUGUUCACACCUUAUUAAGAGUCAGUUAGUACAUAUUUUGAAAUUUUCUCUAAAAAUGAUGAAUGGUUUUAUCUAGAUUAAAAGAUGGACAAGUUCAUUGAAGAUAAUUAGCAGGAUAAGGAUCUUAAAUAUCUGAUCAUGGUCUGUGAUGUUCCCUAUUUAGUCAGUAACAUUUUUGGAUAUUUUCCCUUAAAAUGAUGAAUGGUUUUGUCCAGAUUGAUAUGUGAAAAAGUCAGUUUAAGAUAUUUUAGUGUUUUAAGGGUUAAAUUGUUGUGAUACAAGGAAAACCCUCUCAAUUGUGUUAACAUAGUGUUAACUGUGUUAACAUAGUUCUUUUGAGUGGACAUAGAGUUAGGGUCUGUUAUUAACUAUUGCUUAAGUUGAUUAUUUUAUUUUUGAUUUUGAUUGAAAUGUUUUAAAUACUUUUAUAUGUAGAAUACGGGUUUGCCAGAAAUUUACUUUCACAAACACAUCUUACAUAUCUUAACGUCCACAUUUAAAAAAUUAAAACUUGCCUGUCUGUUACGCUAAAUUCUUAGUUUCAGACCUUAAUCCUAUGGGGAAUAAGUGGUCUAGGGACUAAAGUUCAAGUAUUAGCCUCUCAAACCAGAGACUGUAAGUUUGAGCUCAACUGAGGGAUCAGGGGGUGGAGUCCUUGAGUGGUUCAGAACAUGUGUCAGCAUGUUAUGCUAUUUUGUUAAGCUAAAGGUGGUAUAGACAUAGGCAUGAUUCAAAUAGGCUUCAAGCUUUUAUAGCUUAGCUAAAAUUAAUAUUAAUUAAUAUUUAAACUGUUUUUUUUAAACUCUGAAUUACUUGCACUUGUUUGUUUUGAAGUCCUCUCUUUUGUUAGAAAACACCUUGGAAAUGGAUUUUGAUAAAAAUAUGGUAAUUAUAAGAACUAUAAAUCUAUUAUUCUAUAACUAGUUCAUCAUUAAAGGGACUCUACUGAGGUUUACUGACAUGUCUGGACUGGAAGUAAUUUUUCAACAUUAAUCUUCCAUUUGAUGUAGGUCUAAACCAAUAACACGUUUUCAAACUUUCAAGUCAUUUACUCCGUUUUUACCAGAAUAAUAAAAUGACCCAAAAUUGAAAAGCUUUGCAACGCUUUUCACUCAAAUCAAGAUAACAUAUCACAAUACAAUUAUCAAUUUCUACUAUGUAUAUUUCAUUAUUAUCUUUUGCUUACCACUCUGCUUUACAUGACCCAGCUGAUCUAUGUAAGUUCCUUUAAGGGACACCCCAAGUUUUUUUCCCCCCAGCAUGCAUAUUGACUAGUGCUUUAAAGAACUGACAUAAAACUUUUAAAUUUAUCUUCUUUUUUUUUUAAACAUUUUUAUGACACACCUUAGGGGAGGCAGGCAAAUAGAAUUGCCCCUGUCAGUCUGUCCGCUGUCUAUCCAUAGACUGGCAAAACAGUGGAAUGUACAAUGUAGGAACAUUGCUUUUUCUGCACUUUACUUUAAUGUAGGAAAUUAUUAUUCAAAUCUUGUUUGUUAAAUCACAAUCAAAUUAUCAUUUUGUAAAUUCAUUUCAUUUUCAUGGUAUUUUAAAUUAUUUAUUGUGUCUUGAUAGUAUAUAAUCUAGAGCAGUGUUGUAAUUUUUCUAAAUGGGAUACUCCGGGACUUGGCAAAUGAGCCGGUUUUCCACUCGAUCUGUGAGGGUUGGUGUUACAAAGUAAGUAAGUAAGUAAGUAAGUAAGUAAGUAAGUAAGUAAAGUCUUUAUUUAUCGAGGCAACACAUUUGGAUUCCCAAAAUCUCAUGUGGACAAACAAACUUUUACAAUAACAACUUAGUAAAAUAUAAAAUAAUAAGCUUAAGGUAUUGAUCAGCUUAUUGUGAAUGGUAGUGCAAGGCAAAACUGUAACAAUUAAAGUUUGUAUCCUGCGAUAAGAUAGGGAAAAAAACACAUUCGGCUAGUUCCAAAUAACGUGUUUUAUAUUCACAUCAAAUAUUAUGCUCCUUUUAUUUGCUAUUGAUAUGUAUUAUGAAACAUUUCUUGAUAAAUAACUGAUCAUCCUGUUCUUUUGUUACACAAUGUAUCUAUUAUUUAAUGAUUUGUAUUAUAUUUUUUUGUUAUGAAUACCUCGGUUUUUGUUCCAGUGAUAGCUGUGAUAUAUUUUGUUCCAUUAUAUUACCUCACAAAGGUGGAAGUGGGUUAGAUAUUAUGGUGUACUAUAUAGAAUAUAUUUGAAAAUUUGUUUACUGUAAUUUGUAAAAUUAUUUCUCUUUUUUUUUAUGGCCCCACUUAUUAGCGGGUACAUAUUUGCCUGUGUCCGUCCAUCAUGCUGUCAGGAUUUUUAUUGACAAAACUGAAAUGUUGGGACAUUUGUGUCCCUGGGUUGUAGAUUGACAAAACAGUGAAAUGUGGGGACAUGUGUGUCUCUAGGUUGUAGAUUGAUAAAACAGUGAAAUAUGGGGACAUGGGUGUCCUUAGGUUGUAGACUGACAAAACAGUGAAAUGUGGGGACAUGUGUGUCCUUAGGUUGUAGAUUGACAAAACAGUGAUAUAUGGGGACAUGUGUGUCCCUAGGUUGUAGCUUGACAAUACAGUGAAAUGUGGGGACAUUUGUGUCCCUAGAUUGUAGAUUGACAAAACAGUGAAAUGUGGGGACAUUUGUGUCCCUAGGUCGUAGAUUGACAAAACAGUGAAAUGUGGGGACAUGCGUGUCCCUUAGUUAUAUUUUGUUUUGUGUGGGCAGAGGGAAGAGAUGAGGGUGUAUAGUUGAGAUAUAGAUAGACAUAGAUCUGUAAAUGUAAUUUUACAAGGCAUUAUAAGUGCAUUUUUGGUCAUAAAAUACAUGUUUGUCAAGUAUAUUUAUAAAAAAUAUUGUCACAUGCAUGACCUUACUUUAUUUAAUUCACCAUUUAGCUGAUAAAGGCUUUAUGAUUACAGCCAUUACAUUCCUUUUAAGGGACUCCACUGAGGAUUGACAUGACAGGACUCGUAAUAUUUUUGUAGGUUUUGACCAAUACAUGCAACAAAUUUGAUGAUUUUGGAGUUAUGACCCUUGGUGGAUAUCCUUUUACUUUUCUGAUUUAUGGAACUUUUAUCAAUCUGCAUUUUACAUCCAUAUAAUUUGCAACCAACCCUGAUUGUUAAUUUCUUAAUACAAAAAUGCACAAUGUAUUUUUGAACAUAACAUAUUUUUAGAACUUUUGGAAAUGCACAAUGAUAUCAUUAUCAUUAUUUAGUGAAUUUUGAUUAUUAGCA